GUUGCGCAACCCGCCCUGGCUCAGGCUAGCAGAUAAAAGCCCAGAUAGUGAUUGAAAGAGAUGGUCAAAAGGAUUUAGCACAGGCAUUAACAGAGAGAGAGAGAGCGAGAGAGAGAGAGAGAGAGAGAGAGAGAGAGAGAGAGAGAGAGAGAGAGAGAGAGAGAGAGAGAGAGCGCGCGCAAGGGGGAGAUUUUCCACAAAGCUUUUUUUCUUUCUGCGCUUGAGCAUCUUUCUGUGCUUGAACAUCCCUGGUAAAGCUGAGCGUGUAAAGUGGGAAAGUACGAGCACCAGACCUUCCUCAAAGUCAAUAUUUUCAUACUUUUGAUACUCCUUCAAGCUGGAAUUCACGCUUUCGCUUUUUUUCUCCAACUCCCAUUUCCAGAUCUAGGACACGGUCAUCCAUGGUGUAAUAAAAAAGUAACAGGCACGAGAAAAAAGUAACAAGGAGACCGCAUCAGAUAACCAGAGUGGAGUACAGUAGCCUACACCACGACGGGAGCCCGGUAGUGAAUGGAGCUGUGCGAGGUUUAUGUCAGAGGGGCGUUCGUAUAAUAAUGGGACACGGAGUGGCUCUCCCAGAUGAACCUUCGAAGACUAUCACUGAGGCAAGGCGCCGGACCGGUGCUUCACGACCUGAUGGAUGUAUCUAAGUACGUUGUCACCUUUCCCUCAUCAUCCCUCGUAGCGGACAGCUCUUGUCUCUCCCAGCGGAAAAGGACCUCUGAAGUAUGGAUUUGUUCUGCUGAUAUCCCAACGACCCCUACCGCCACCACCGCAGCACUGGCACCACUAUGGUGGAAGUAGAUGCAAAGUUUCACGGUGACUUUCGCCUCCCCUUGGUCCAUUUUUUGUCAGUCUUUUCCAAACAGGCGUCAAAACAAUAAAGUGUAAUUUCCUAAAGAAGCCGUGAUUAUUUGUGUGUCCACUUCUAUUGAACGGCUCUACAGUUAUUUAUCUUAGUGCAUUUCUAUUUGUUUUCCAUCAUCACUGAACCGUCCCCUAUCGCUCAGUUGAGCGCGCAGACUCAUCAUGGUGAUGCCAAAGUUACUUUCUGUCUCCGUAUGAUCCCUAGUCGCGUUCCAUGCUUUUCGCCCAAGCUCUGACUACCGUGGCCCCCCUUGCCCUUCACCGCCAGACCCCACUCAUCGUCGGACCCCGCUCGUGGCUUUCCCAGGACCUGCCAUGGUCUGUCAGGCCGUGUUGCUCCUCCUGCACUGCUUCGCCUCCUUGACACUGGGCCAGUACGACCUGUGCAAGUCCCUGGUGAGCACGGACGAUGGCGCGGUGUGGGAGCAGUAUGCAUGCCAGCCCAAGACCCAGUCCAUGAAGGACUACAUGCGGGUCAAGGUGGACCCACCAGGCAUCACCUGUGGGAACCCAGCUGAGAGAUUCUGCACUCUGGAGAACCCGUACCUGUGCAGUGAUGAGUGUGAUGCCUCCAACUCGGACCUGGCCCACCCUCCCCAACUGAUGCAGGACCGUGAGCGCACAGGCCGCAUCACCUACUGGCAGACAGUUACAUGGUCCCGUUAUCCAGAACCCCUCUUGGCCAACAUAUCCCUGGCCUGGAACAAGAGCCUGGAGUUGACUGAUGACAUCGCCAUCACCUUCGAGUACGGCCGCCCCACCAUCAUGGUGCUGGAGAAGUCCAUGGACCAUGGUCGCACUUGGCAAUCCUACCAGUUCUACGCCGAUGAUUGUCUAGAUGCCUUCAACAUGCCGCCGAAGCUUGUCCGUGACCUGUUGCCUGCAAAUAUUACCCGUGUCAUCUGUACUGAGCAGUUCUCACGCUGGGUGGGGUCGAAGAACGAUAAGAAUGUGAAGUUCGAGGUUCGUGAGCGUUUUGCGGUGUUUGCCGGACCGAGGUUGCUCAACAUGGACAGCUUGUACACGCGCAUGGAGAGUAUGAAGGGCUUGAGGGACUUCUUUACCUUCACUAACCUCCGGCUGAGGCUGCUCCGGCCAGCCCUGGGGGGAACGUACGUGCAGAGAGACAACCUGCUCAAGUACUUCUAUGCUAUCUCCAACAUUGAGGUGCCCGCCAGGUAAGAGAGGGUAAAAUUUUGUAUUUAUUUAU